AUGGUCGUGACUCAGAAACUUCCAAGACAAAGAAAGGUUCACAUUCCAUCAGAAGAUUCACACAUCCAUGAAAUAAUAAGAAAUAAAUCUGUAGGUCAUCCAGUUGGUGCUGCUGGUGAAGAACCAGGGGAACUGGGAGAAAUGCGGCGAAAGCUCCUUGCUUUUUUGGAAAAUUCAAAGCACUAUACUGUAGAAAGGUUUGCAACAUACAUGAUGAAUAAAGGUUUAUAUGAUGAAGGAGCUAUUGUUUUGGGUAAAUUAGGAAGGCAUGAAGACGCUCUUGCCAUUUAUGCUCACGUUUUGCGAAACUUUUCAAAAGCUGAAAAAUAUUGCGAAAAGAACUACUGCAAGGACAAACCUAGCAAUCAAGAUGUAUAUCUGAUAUUACUGAAACUAUACUUACCUCCGACUGAAAAUCAGAAAAUAAGCAUUCCCGGUGUUGGUUAUGUAUCAUCGCCAGAACCAAAUGUGGAUAGAGCUAUUCAGAUUUUAAAGGAAUAUUCACACCAGAUUGAUUCUUUUAAGGCUCUGAGUUUGCUGCCUUCUAUUGUACCAGUAAGUGCUGUAAAAAAUUUCUUAGAAUGUAUUCUUCAUAAUAUACAAGCUAAGAAAUACAGUGUACAGUUAUCAAAAUCUCUUCUUUAUGCAGAGCAUUUACAGGUUCAAGCUCGUAGAAUCCAUUGCCAUUCUUAUAAAUUAAUCAUCACAGAUUUAGAUAUGUGCAGAGUGUGUCAAAAGCGAAUUGGUAAAAGCGCCUUUGCACAUUUUCCCACUGGUGUCACAGUCCAUUAUUCUUGUAAGGAUCAAUAUACUGCAGAAAGAUAAUGUGACAAUAUAUUUACAAAUGUAUGGUAUAUUGUUUUUAAAUCAUGUAAAAUAAUGUAUAAUUUAAGAUAUAAAUUUAUUUGCUUUUUA